CGCUGCUUUACACUACAGUUUUUGCCAUUUACCCAUUCACAUGCUGCCAGUACAGCUGUCCGGAGCAUUGCGGGGUCACCUCAAGUGCCAAAUGAGAGGGUUCUGUCAGGAAGGACAUAGCAAUCUCUGUCAAAUUAAAUGAUAUAGUACAUGUACUUGUUCUGUGACAGAACAAGUACAUGUGCUAUAUGUGAAACAUGCUGCAAACAAGUCUUUUCGUUAUCAGUUAAUUAUCAAUUUCAUGAAUAACAGAUUUAUUGUUUGAGUCAUAAAAGGUUAAGAACAGGUGAAAAAUGUCGAUCAGUGUUUUCAAACCUCAAAAAGGCGACAGAAACGCCCUCACAUGGAAAUGAUUGCAAAUCGAAGGUUUCUUGGUGAAAGAAAUGAAAGAAAAUCGUCAUCUCUGGUCAAGUUCAGUAAACAGUGAUGAUGCUGCUCUUGUGUGGCCCUCCCUCCCUCCUCCCUCCCUCCUUCCUCCUCCUCCUCUGUUUAUAAAGCUCAGGGAAUCCCCAUUAUCAUCAGAAUAUCGGAGACUCUCUCAAUCAGACUUUUGUGAGACUCAACCACCAGAGACCUGCUGCUCCAGGAUCUAUGAAUUACAUCUGAUUUAUUUAGCUUUGAUUCUGCUCAUCCUCCUCAUCCUCAGUGAGGGCUCAGUGCAGACGUGGAGUUCAAACUAACUUUACUAUUUCUUAAUUCUGGCUCAGACUUUACAGAAACGCCUUACUUGUUUUAAGAGUGUUUAUCUCACGGUUUAACCCGACCGCGUUCCGUCAGUCCAGUCCAGUCUAGUCCGUUAGACCAUUUUUUGCCAACAUGCUGUCCACGGUGCGCCGGCACAGCCUCCGCCUACAGACCGAGCUGCACCGCUGGAGCAUCUGCGACCCGGGCAGCAACCUGCUCCCGGAAAACUUCCUGGCUCGAGUCCCCGCCUGCAUCUCCCGCUCCAAGUCCUGCACCAGCUCCGCGGGGGAGUCGGACGAUAGCCGCGGGAGCUGGUCCUCCUCAGACUCGGUCAUCUCCAUAGACUCCGCCGGGGAAGCGUUGGAACCCGGGAGACCGUACCGGGUGGUGCUGUUAGGGGCCAACGGAGUUGGUAAGACGGCGUUCGCCAGGAUCUUCGCCGGGGCAGAGGACAGCAUGGACACCGAUGAGUGCGAGCUGUGUGGAGAUGAAACAUGGGAAAAGAUGAUUGAGGUGGACGGAGAGUCUGCCACUGUAACUCUGCUGGACACAUGUGAUGCAGAGACUGGCAGUGAAUGGUCUCAGGAGUGCCACAUGCAGACAGGCGAUGCCUUCCUACUGCUGUACUCCAUAACUGACCGUGCGUCGUUCCUGCGAGCGUCUGAGCUCCGGAUCAACCUACGCCGCUUCCGUCCGGCUCAGCACACACCAAUCAUCCUGGUGGGGAACAAGUGUGACCUUGUGCGAUGUAGAGACGUGUCAGUCAGUGACGGCCGCGCCUGUGCUGCUGUGUUCGACUGCAAGUUUAUCGAAACCUCUGCUGCCAUGCAGCACAACGUGUGGGAGGCCUUCCACGGCAUAGUGCGACAGCUGCGUCUGCGCCGAGACUCCAAAGAAGCCAACAAACGUCGCAGGCACACAAAGUAUAACACGCGCCGCGAGAGCCUCCCUACAAAGGCCAAGCGUUUCCUUGACAAGGUGGUAGCAAAGAACAACCCCAGCAUGGCGUUUUGGCUGAAAUCAAAGUCCUGCCAUGACCUGUCUGUCCUGUAAAGGCCCAACACACUCAACAGACCCUUGAGCUGGUGAACAGUCAUCAGUGUUGAAUUAGUGGACAUGAGCUGGUGGGACGCCUGCUUCUACAGGGCUUAAGGCUGGGUGAUUUAAAGCCAGUCCUCACUAUGUCCACAUGCAGCCUCGGCUCAGCAAAGACGUUGUGCAGGAGAGGUGGUUCACACAUUUCGCCACUGUUGUUUACAUGUGGCUACGAUGACUGAGCUCAGUCAAUCAGACUUUGUAAUGGACGAGACAAUCGUCUAACCAACUGAUGGCUUCUGUCAUGAAGACUUGGAGGUUGUUGAUGAACUGAUACAGUUUGAAACAAAGACAUUAUUAUUAUUAUUGUUAUGUCCCUCUUGCUGUAUUCGUCCAUCUCUUUGUCAAAUCCAAAUCAAAGUGGUAUUUGUCUCUAUUUGUUUUGUUAUAUAUAUAUCUAUAUAUAUAGAUAUAUAUAUAUAUAUAUAUUAUGACCUUUGUGUUGUUAUGAUACUUAUGUGAUGAUAUUUAUAAUGUAUUAUGUAUUUUGCAUUCGCUGUAAAUAAAUCCCAGAUUGAUAAUGUAUUGUUUUUUGCUACUUGGACUAGUUUCAUUGUUGCUCGAUGAAAUAAAGUGACAUCAUCAUGA